AUGACCUCGCAGCGAAAGACUCGACGGUCAGAUGGGCCCAUUGCCACUCCACUGGAAUGCUUUAGACAGGGAAAAGACAGCGAAUCCAUGAGGAACGCGCUGGCGGAGCUGGCUAUGCGGCUCGUGGAUGCAGAAGACCGAGAGGAGUUUCGGAAGGCCGACGGCGUCACGGCCAUCGUGGAUCAUUUGGCCCGCAUUCUAGAAGAACAGGCCACGAUGAACUACGCGUGGAACAUGUCUGAGGUCUUCGGAGCAAAGUGGGAAGAGUACGAAGUGCAUGACUCGCUGCAGUUUACGUUGGUCGCGCUGUGUCAUGCAAGCAUCGACGCCGAGAUCGCAGCCGAGAUGCUCGAGCUGGAGGUUCUGGUCACGCUCUUCCACGUGCUGAGUACGCUCCCAACACAGAUCAGCGACUACGCGAGCCUCGAGUUGGCAGCGGAAAUCCUCGCCAACGUCGCUGCACUCGACACCUCAAGAGUAUCAGCGACUCAAGACAAACUCUCUGCAACUUUGACACUCUUCCUUCAAGCUGCAACAAACCCCGAGACCGCAAAAUUCGGCAUCGCCCUGGCGGACCUGCUGUGUAAUUUGUGCUGCGACCAAGCCUGUUGUCUUCUGCUCAUCUGUGAGCUGGACACGAGACGUCCCAGGGGCCAUUUGAGGCACAGUGGCGUCGUCUACCUCGUCCAGCUGACGGAGAAUGUCGGAGACGACGCACUCAAACAGAGUAUGGAGGCGCUGGUCCACAAUCUCUCGUGGAGUGACCCAGCAGGUAACCGCAGCGUCCAGAAACUAGCGUUAUCGAGUUACAUGAACCGAUUCGCUCUAGAACCAGCAAUAAGCAGCUAA